AUGUCAAAGAGUCGUUUGUUCAAACACCUAUCGUACACUCUCUUUCACCACCACCGCCCAUCAUCUCUUUCUCCUACACUUUCAAUUUACAAAUUUCCUCAUCAAUGGAAGAAACCCAACUCUUCUUCACUCCUCUCAAAAUCUCCCAUUUCUUCUUCUUCUGCACUUUCUUCUUCUUCUUCAGUCGCUGCUUCGCCCUCAACAGCAACAACAACAAGUGAAUCCUCUGCUUACCUUUCUGUUCACAUUCGAUGCCCCAGACAUGUCGCUGGCUAUUCGUCAUGUCAUCAGGAUAGCCUUUCAGAGGCGCUUUUAUGCUUUGGUGCAAGUUCUACAAGUAUGGAUGAAGAUGAUGACUUUGAUAGUUCUACUGAGGUCUGCAUUGAUUCCAUAUUUCCUGAAUGUGAACUUGUGGAUGUGUGCAUUUCACAAGCAGCUGAUUCCAUUGGCUUGAAAGAGAUACCGACUUAUGAGGUUAAAAGUGGGGAUCAAUAUGACUGGGUUAGGAAAACUCAGGAAUCAUUUCAUCCAGUUGAACUUGCUAAAGGACUUUGGAUUGUGCCUGAGUGGAGAUCUCCCCCCGAUGUUCAAGCAACUAAUAUAAUCCUGAAUCCUGGAUUAGCAUUUGGAACUGGAGAGCACCCUACUACUAAGUUGUGUCUGUUGCUACUACAACACCUGAUAAAGGAUGGAGAACUUUUCUUGGAUUAUGGCACAGGUUCCGGAAUUCUUGCAAUUGCAGCGCUGAAGUUUGGUGCUGCUCUGUCAGUUGGAUUUGAUAUAGAUCCUCAAGCAAUCACUUCUGCACGUCAUAAUGCCACUUUGAACAGUAUAGGACCUGAGACAAUGGAACUACACCUAGUUUCUGGUAAAACUUGCUCUUCCUUGAUGGAUGGAAGAAAAGAUGAAACUGUGAAAGAGCAGAACUGUUAUGGAACAGGAGUCAUCUCUGAAACAGAAAAAUACGAUGUGGUCAUUGCUAAUAUUCUCUUGAAUCCUCUCUUGGAGUUGGCCGAUCAUAUUGUUUCUUAUGCUAAACCUGGGGCAGUUGUUGGCCUGUCUGGUAUUAUAGCCGAGCAGUGCUCAUGUAUUGUCGAUCGAUAUUCAGUGCUCUUGGAAGACAUAUCAGUGUCAGAGAUGGAUGGCUGGGCCUGUGUAAUCAUUUGGGUUCCUUCCUAUUCUGUCGCGGGGGUGCGACAAAUCUCAAGCUCAUGUAGAUAUGGUGGAAUUCUGAAAGCCAUGUUGCUAGAGUCAUUCCAUCCUGAGAUGUGGAACACUGUGAAGCUACCUUGUGGUUUGUCAAAUCGAAGAAAGGGUUGCAGAUUUUCUGAGUUGACUGAUCCGGGUGUGCGUCAAAGAAUGGCAAAUCUGCCUGAAAAUGAGGGGGCAAAAUCUUUUCAGCUAUUGUAA